AUGGCUGGAGCCAUCACUGGGUCUUGGUUUCCGACUGGAUUUCAUGGACAUGCCCGCAGUAAAUCACGGAAUGAUAUAUUUCAGGAAUACAGACAACGGGCCAAGCCACCCCCUCCCGAGAAACUUAUAAAACGACUCCGGGAGAACCCUUUGAAACACAACUUUUCCAAACAUGAUAGUCGGCAAGUGUUUCACGACAGUGCCACAUAUCUGGAGAAUAGCAAUGCUAUAAGUCGGGCAAAAACUGCUUUUGGAAGAAGCAGUGAAUUUAAGAAAGACUUUAUUUCCUGGAUUCCGAUUCAGACUGACAGACAACAGUGGCCAUUAGUAUCCACAUACAAAGCAGAUUUCUGGCAUCACAGAAAUCUGCAAUCCACAGAUGUGAUGAUUCCUCAGCUACUCGUCCCACGAGGUCGACCACUGAUAACAGCUGUUCAUCCUAGAUCAGAAAUAAUGCAAACGACGUAUCGCCAAUUCUACAGCCACUGCCAGCCAAAUCCAAACAUUUAUACAAAUGUCUUUACUGGACAAGUGCAGAGUGCACCCAUGGAAAAGGAAGCAACAUUUGUCUAUGUGAAUCCCAAACCAAAGACAGCAAAUGGAACAUGUAGAGCAAGAUCUUUAUUGUCACAGUGUUCCACUGUUGCUGACUGUCUUUCUUGGCCUGUCCCAAAAUCAAAUGCAACAAAUGAUUGA